AUGCUGAAUCACAUUGGGCGCUGGAAGAGGUCAGGGCACCUUUCCCCUGACGCUAACGGCGAUCCUAAGACCGACUACUCAAGAUGGCGAUUGCUGGACGAUGAUGGCCGCCAAACAUGGCAUUACCUCGAAUCCGACGAAGAGAAUAAAGAAUGGCCCCAAACGAUCGCGGACAAGUAUUUUCUGGGGCUCCCUACGGGCCUCCCAGAACUGCCGAAAGCCAAGACUCCCAUGCAGUGUGCUGAAAAUGGCCUAGAAUUCUUUUCCAAGCUGCAGCUUCCUCCAGGGAACUGGGCCUGCGAGUACGGAGGCCCCAUGUUUCUGCUCCCGGGGCUGAUCAUCACUUACUAUGUCACAAAUACUCCUAUCCCGCCGGAGUAUGCGACUGAGAUCAUAAGAUAUCUCUUUGCGCGACAACAUUCUGAGGAUGGCGGCUGGGGUCUGCACAUUGAGGCCCAUAGCUCGGUCUUUGGUACGAGUAUGAACUACGUCGUGCUGCGUAUCUUGGGCGUCGGCGAAGAUGAUCCUAGGAUGAUCAAGGCUCGUGGGCUGUUGCAUAGCUUUGGCGGUGCUAUUUAUGGGCCGCAUUGGUCUAAGUUCUGGCUUAGUAUUCUUGGUGUCAUGGAAUGGGACUGUGUCAACCCUGUCCCUCCAGAGAUCUGGCUACUUCCUGACUGGGUUCCUUUCGCUCCCUGGCGCUGGUGGAUUCAUAUGCGCCAGGUGUUCUUGCCCAUGUCAUACCUAUGGUCUAAAAAGUAUACAUACCCCUUGACUGCUCUCACGAAGCAGUUGAGGCAGGAACUGUACCCACAACCGUACGGCUCCAUCGACUUUGCCAGUCACCGCAACUCAAUCCACAAAGCUGACAACUACUACCCUAAAACGUGGCUUCUGAACUCUCUCAAUUCGCUCCUCGUGAAUGUCUGGAACCCUUUCUUGCGAGUGUCGGCCAUAGCCAAGCGUGCAGAAGAUUGGACGUGGGAGCUGAUCCGCAUGGAAGAUGAGAAUACUGACUAUGCCGGCCUUGGACCUGUGAACAGCCCAAUGAAUAUGAUUGCAUGUUUAGUCCACGAUGGCCCGGAUAGUUACUCCGUGCGACGACAUCGAGAACGCUUGCAUGACUAUAUGUGGAUGAAGGAUGAAGGCAUGUUGAUGAAUGGAACCAAUGGUGUUCAGGUUUGGGAUACGGCAUUUAUUACACAGGCUAUAGUUGUGGCCGGGUUCGCUGAUGAUCCGAAAUGGCGCCCGAUGCUCACCAAAGCCCUGGAAUUUUUAGACGCGCACCAGAUUCGAGAAAACGUCCCCGACCAAGAAAAGUGCUACCGUCAACACCGGAAGGGAGCGUGGCCAUUUAGUACCAAGACUCAGGGCUACACCGUCAGUGACUGCACUGCUGAAGGUUUACGGUCAACCAUUCAGCUCCAAGAAAUGCACAAAUAUCCGAAAGUCAUCUCAGAAGAGCGACUCAAGGACAGUGUCGAUUGCUUGUUGUUGAUGCAGAAUCCUUCCGGUGGCUUUACCGAGUAUGAGACGACCCGUGGUUCCCCGAAGAUUGAAUGGCUCAAUGCCGCGGAAGUUUUUGGCGGUAUCAUGAUCGGUUAUGAUUACCCCGAGUGCACCACCGCAUCAGUCACUGCGCUCUCCCUCUUCAGCAAAUUUUACCCCAAUUACCGCGCCGACGAGAUCAGGGCAGCAAAAGAGAAAGCUGUCAGAUACAUCAAGCGCGUGCAAAGAGCAGAUGGUAGCUGGUACGGAUCUUGGGGUAUCUGCUUUACCUAUGCCGCCAUGUUCGCACUCGAAAGCUUGGCAAGCAUUGGAGAGACCUAUGAGACCAGUGAGUAUUCUCGCCGUGGCUGCGAGUUCCUGAUCUCCAAGCAGAAGGAGGAUGGAGGCUGGGGAGAGUCAUACCUCAGCAGUGAGAAACAUGUUUACGUCCAACAUGAAAAAUCACAAGUGUGCCAGACGGCUUGGGCGUGUCUUGCUCUGAUGGAGGCAGGUUACCCCCACCAAGAACCACUCCAGAAGGCGAUGAAGCUCAUGAUGUCUCGACAACAACCCAAUGGCGAAUGGUUGCAAGAGGCCAUCGAGGGAGUGUUCAACCAGUCUUGUAUGAUCUCGUACCCCAACUACAAGUUCUACUGGCCCAUUCGUGCCCUUGGGUUGUACAGCAAGAAGUUCGGAAACGAAGAGCUGCAAUGA